CUCACCGCCUCCGCCGCCGUCGAAGAAUCCAAAGGUUUGAUGGAAUUGGCGAAGAGUCAGUACGAGAUUCAUGAAGAAUUGGCCGUUGCCAAGAUUAAAGAGGGGAUUCUGAUUGCUGCUUCGCACCCGGAGAUCUCUUGUGGAGCUGCUGCUGGAUUGGGGCUUGUGGUAUUUAAGAGGCCAAGACGAUUUCUGAUUCGCAAUACAAGGCGUUUAUUUAUGAGUGAAGAGUCAUUGUUGUCUGAUGCUGAAGCCAAAGUUAAUGAGCUACGGCAGUCAAUGAAUCUCGUGAAGAAUGAAAGUAGAAAACUGGAGGAAAGAGCUAGGAAAGCUGUGGAGGAAAUGGAAAGAGGACAACAAGCUCUCAUAAAAGAAGGACGUGGGAUCCAAAGUGAACUGCGUUUCAUCAAUCGCAUUGAAAAAGAAACCAUGGGUCUGAAAGAUGUCAUUAGGGAAUUUCCCAGAAGAGAUGCAUCUCGAUUUCGAUCAGAGGUCUCUACCCUUUCUUCUCAGGUAAAGCAAGAAAAGAAAGCUCUCAACAAAACCGCGACAAAGAUAAUCAAUUAUGGCAUAGCAAUUUGAUUCUCAACCCCAGCAAUUUGACUCUCAACCUUUACUACCUACUCCGGAUCUAUUUGAUCUUCACAAUCAAGGUGCAACUGUCAACUUAUAUAAAGAAGGGGAAGAUCAUCUUCCCCUCAAAAUUCGAACAAUGCCCUUUGCAUCUCUCCCUACAGUUUUGAACCAAAAACCAUACCAACAUUGUUCUAUGUAUACCUUUUCUCUUUUCAUAACCAAUGAGUUAUGUGUUUCUUUAUCCUACUGUUGUUUAUUUUGAUGAUUGAGAUGCAAUCUAUAUAAUGUGAUUGCUUUAUUUAUCAGAUUGGACGGUACACGAAUUUCUUAUGAAUGUUGAGUUGCGGUGUUUUCUUUU